UCUACUUGAGAAGCUCAUAGAAAGCUACGCCGCCACUGGACUGCCGCAGACAGGCCUCGGUACAUACACACUCAGGCGCCGUCCUCACACCCAUCUUCUCAAAACACGGCACUGGUCGACCGGCGCGGGACUCACUAGCCGACAACGACUGAACGAUUUGAAGUAUACUAGAAGCGUCCUUCUUGGGCCUCGGCCUACACCCUCGCCUCACAAUGUCGGACGCCGGAGACACACCUUCGCCUCGGUCUUCAUCAUCAGCGCCGCCAAGCUCACGAACACCGCCACCAGCACCUCCGUCCGUCGCGGCAACAGCGCAAUCGCCGAAGAAGCGGGCGUCGAUCUCUACAGAAGGCAAAGUCACAAAACGACGAGCAGCCCGGGCCUGCGUGUCAUGUCGAGCCCGCAAGGUACGCUGCGAUGUGGUUGAGGGCGCGCCCUGCGGCAAUUGCCGGUGGGACGAUGUGGAAUGCAUAGUGCAGGAGAGCCGUCGACGGAAAAAGAACCUACCAUACAACUCCAACCCGGCAGUGGUGGGGGCGCGGGCUGGAAGUGCCGAGGCAUUGCGCGCAAAGAGCAUUGGCGCAGCUCCCCCUAUCAUCACCGCCAAUCUCGCAAAGCCACCCUUUGCUCUCAACAAUGGAACGUUCACACUUCCCCUGAAUGGGGCCAGUGGCGCACAAUCAGCCACCCGUCUGCUGUAUCAACAACCGACAGCGGGGCUGGGCACAACCGGAACAGGCCCAGCGCUGGCGGCGUUGGCGGCCUUCCCUCCCGUGACACCGGGCAUCCCGAACUCGGCGCCCGAUUUCCUCCACCCGUUGCUGAAACCCGUGCUUGAGCAGACUAAUGACUGGCCUGCCUUCAUCAAACCUCUCCCGGAUAGGAUCCUCUCUGAGGACAGGCAGUAUCUCGUACAGAAGCAGGUCUUCACGCUGCCGCCGCUGCCCCUGCAAAAUGCGCUGCUCGCGGCCUACAUCGAGUAUGUACAUCCGUACAUGCCGCUCCUGGAGCUGCAUGACUUCCUGAGGAUGGUCAACGACCGCAGCGGCGCGUCCGGCAAGGUCAGCUUGUUCUUGUACCACGCCAUCAUGUUUGCGGCUACCGCUUUCGUCGACGAAGCGCUCCUGAAGGAUGCAGGCUACGAUAGCCGCAGAGAUGCGCGAAGGGCUUUCUUCUCCAGGACCAGGCUUCUCUACGACUUCGACUAUGAAACGGACCGCCUGAUCCUGGUCCAGGGCCUGCUGCUCAUGACCUACUGGUACGAGACGCCGGACGACCAGAAGGACACCUGGCACUGGAUGGGGGUUGCCAUCUCGCUGGCCCACACUAUCGGACUGCAUCGAGACCCGGCGAAGACGCCCAUGAUCCCACGGAAGCAGAAGUUAUGGAAGCGCGUGUGGUGGUCAUGCCUGAUGCGGGACCGCCUAGUCGCUCUCGGAAUGCGGCGGCCGACUCGUAUCAAGAGCGAAGACUUUGACGUGCCUCCAUUAACCGAGUCCGACUUUGAGAUAGAGGCUCUACCGGAGGACAACCAGCUGCUUGGAGCUGAGUGCGCCCUCAUACGGGACGCCGAGAUGCAGCGGGAGCUCGCCAUUAUGUGCAUCGAGAAGGCAAAACUGUGCAUGUUCAUCGGCGACAUGCUCAAGGUGCAGUACUCGGUCCUCAGCCGCAGUGGCGUGCGGGCCGAUCAGACAAUCAACAGCACUCACAUGCUGCUUCCAAACAAGAACCCCGAGAACAUGGAAGGGGUCGAGAAGGUCGACAAGGAGCUGAUAGACUGGUUCGCCAGCUUGCCCGAGUGCUGCCAGCAUCGGCCGCUCGAUUCCGUGACCAUCACCGACGAGAACAAGGUGCUCGCGGUCCAGCGCAACCUCCUGCACAUGAUCUACCAUACCACCAUCUCGGCGCUCCACCGACCGCUCUUCCUCCCCGCGUCGCCGACCGAGGGUCCCAGCACACCCGUCGAGGUCCAAGAGACGGCUCGCCAACGGGUGCGCGAGGCUGCCGAGCACAUCACUCGCAUGGCGGCCGAGUUGCGCCGGUGCGGCCUCGAGCGGUACCUCCCCACGACAGGCGUCACGGUGAUCCUGCCCGCCAUGAUCGUGCACAUGCUCGACACCAAGAGCUUGGUUCCCGAGACCCGCGCCAAGGCCGUCCUGGGCCUUAGGGAGUGUCUCACCGUGAUGAGCAACCUACGCAACAUCUACGCAGCCGCGGAUUUUGCCACCGGCUUCCUCGACGCCCUCCUUCGCAAGGGAAUGCUCGGUGGGCCGCCACAGCAGCUCCAACCACAGCCACAAGCGACCCAGCCACCAUCGGCAGCGCGGUCAGGCAAGAUGCUCAACCGCGUCCUCGCGCCCGCCUUCAACCUCACCCCGCAAGGGCUGGGCAUGGUGCCGGGAAUGGGGAUGAUGCCGCCCACUGCGUCGGGGCGCCCGUCGACACCCCCGCCGGAAAACGCGGUCGGCGUCUCCUUCCUCAACUCAACGGAAGCAGAAAACACGAGCCCGUUUGGCUACACAACAACGCAGACACUUGUCCCCGGUAGCCUGGGUGGCGAUCAUGUCACCGUCCCAACUCCGGCUGGAGCUGUGGGCGCCGCCACGCCGCCGCAUACCGAUAGCGAGGACGUUGCGACGCCACCGCCCAGUACUCAGGGCCGGGAUCAAGAUAUUGGAGAUGCCGAUGUCGCGAUGGCCGAUCAGAUCAUGCUGGAGUAUACCACCCUGAACGUGGACGGCGGCGUCGGCACUGCGACUGGCGCGGGUCCUGGUGCCGGCGCGGGCACAGGAAACAACUUUGACUUUGACCAGUGGCUGCAGUUCCCUGCCGAGGGCGGGCUCAACACGUCAGACAACGAUACGUUUAUGGGGGGGAUGUUUGGGGGUGAGCAGGCGGGGAUGGAUCUUGGUGGCGAUCAUGGGUGGAUGGGCAAUCUGCCCGAGGGGAUCAGCCAUUGACCCCUUCACGUUACACUGUUGCUUUGAUGGAUGAGCUGCCGUUACACUACAUCGGAACUGGAAGGGUGGGCUUUUCUUCGUUUCCCUUCCUGGUUCAUGGGGUUUCGUUUUUUUUCUCUUCCCCUUAGUCUU